GGCUUCUUGGAUGUGAGUCAGACGUCCUGUCCACAGAGCUGGGAGGGGACCACGCUGAGGAAGAGAUCCAACAGAGGAAAGCAGAGGUGGAGUGGGGGAGAGAGGAGAAAGCCAGCCCCUCAAACACAACCACCCUUCGCUCUGCGCACUCAGCGUCAGCAAAAACCUUAAUGUGAUCAAGAUGGAAGUGGUGCGUGGACUCUUCACCGCUCCCCGGCUUCUCCCCUGCCACUGGCUUCUACCACCAAGACGCACACAACUGGCUAGAUAGCCUGCAAACAGAGAGGACUACCCAACGACUGACAGGAGGUUCGAACUGCGGGAUAUAACAUGGAUUAAAGCUGACUUCUGGUGUAUCAGAUGAAUGGAAAGACAACCUGAAGCUGGAUUUGCUGCCAAAGAGAUCAUCAUCUCUAUGGCCUAGCUGCAGGUCUGCAUUAUGCCGGUCGCCAUCAGGAAAAGGAGCUGGGAGGAACAGUACAGCUAUGACGACCUCCACUUGGUGUGCUGCCAUGAACUGGACAGGAAGGGAUCCCGGGUGACCGCGGGGCCCAAACAAGGGCGUCGGACAAGGUGUGCCUCCAUGCCGGAACAAUGCCAUCACGAGUCGUCAGAGGUCAAAGGUCAAACUGCGGAAGUAGCAGCUCCCGUUGACCAUAUCGAGGUUUAUUGCGGUUUGCGGGAGGAAUCUAAAGAGUCCGUGCACGCGGACAUUUUUGAGACCGCAUGUGUCCGCACUGAGGAACUGGAGACUGACCAAAACAGUGGGAUAUCUACUACAAAUAUUGGUUGUGUAACUGAUAGCGGGCGUCCUACUGAGACAAUGGCUUUAGGUGAUGGGGAAAGUGAACAGGAUUAUAACCUUGGGAAUAAUAAAAAUGUCUGCAAAGGUUCAAAUGCAUGUGAGGAGCCACAAUGCAUCACUAUCCAUUCCAACAAUGAGUGUUCACUGUGCGCGGGUGACGGCCCUGGCAUUUCUCCAAAUCAUGAGGAAACAAAAGAGGGGCAUACAGCAGGGCACAGCAUAGCACCUCAAAUCUCUGACCCUACAACUACGACAGCUGACCUCCCGCAUGUCAGAGAUGGUCAUCUCAGCUCUCGUUUGGAUGUUGCACCGGUACACGCUAAAGCAACGGACAGUUCGGUUCUUAUGGAGAAUGGUUGUGUUUCACCCCAUUCCAACCAAACAGUGGAGGCUGUUGUGAUGAGGGAACAACAAUGUGACAAAGGACUAAGUCAAAUCUCGAGGAAGGAUUGUGCUGAGCGGCGAGAUGGACCGUUUAACCCGGGAGGGCACCUGAUCGAAAAUAAAGACAAUUCUUUAAAAAGCAUUCAAGCUGGAGAGGGGGAGUGUCAAGAGACCAGUGAGACAUUGGCUGAAACUGUGAACAGUGAACUAGCCAACCAGAUGUUAUUGGAACAGAGGGCAGGCAUCAUGGACCGGCCAAAUGAAGACAAAAGCGAAGAAUGUACAAACGAAAGCAUUGAGCCUGUGUAUUGUGAUAUUCUUACCAGCGGUGGUGAUGAUGUUAAUGUCACAGUUUUUAAACAGUAUUCAGAAGAAAAGAUUAUACAGGAAAGUGUGCAGUGUGCAGAUGAACAAUGGUCAAAUUCUAAUAUUAGCUCUAUUGAAAAAACAGUUGUUGACCAAGCAGCAUCUCAUUCAGAGAAGUCCAUUUCUAAGUUAGACACUAUCCCAGAAGCUACCUUGGCUGAACCAGAUGCCCACCAGAGAUUCAAUUUAACCGCACUUGAGGUUUUGCCUAAUGGUCCAACUGCUGAAAAACAGACCCAAGAGACGCAGAUGUCUUCUGCACAGGUCAAUGAUGAGGUCGCGCCAACUGAUUGUCAUGGCAACCGCGCCUCCAGUCGCCCACGCUGUGACACACCUGCUGAAGAGGUGGCAGAUGGUCCCAGAGAGCAGCACACACCUGUACAUGCAGCCAGUGGGGAUACAAAUAAGACUGAGCAAGUUUUAGAAGGAGAGGCCAGAGUUAAAGUGCGUGUGAAAAAGCAUGAACAAGUACGUCUGGACUCAAUGAUACUCCUGCUGAUGAAGCUGGAUCAACUGGACCAAGAAAUAGAGAAUGCCCUCAGCGCUACAUCCUCCAUAAGGAGCACGCCUACCCUUCUCCGACAUCAGGAGUUUGAUGAAUCUGGAUCAACAACAGUGAGAAGCUCUCCACAGCCAAAUGACAGCCCCUUCCCCUGUACCCCAGAGGCCUGUCUUGGAGCCAAGCCCAAAAAUGGAAGCAACUCCAUAUCUGAAAAUGAAAAGGCCGAGAUCGAAGCCAAAGAGGCCUGUACGUGGCUCAGGGCUGCAGGGUUCCCACAGUACGCCCAGCUUUAUGAAGAUGCCCAGUUUCCAAUAGACAUCUGCUCCGUCACCAGAGAUCAUGACUUUCUGGACCGUGACGCCAUCGAAGCUCUCUGCAGGCGCCUGAACACCUUGAACAAGUGUGCACUAAUGAGACUGGAGAUAUCGCCACAAAGAAAACGAAGUGAAGACUCUGAUGAAGAUGAGCCCUGUGCCAUCAGUGGCCGCUGGACCUUUCAGAGGGACAGCAAACGCUGGUCCCGUAUGGACGAGCUGGAUGUCUUCUCCUCACUCCACACAGCCGACACCUUGCCCCCGUUUCCUAAAGACCAGGUGUCACAGAAAAGCAAGAUGCUCCUGCGAGAAGGCAACAGCUCAGAAAGUGUGCUGACUGACCUGAGCGAGCAGCCCGAGGUGGGCUCCAUCCAUAGCAGUGGCAGUGGCUGCAGAGUGGAGGACAAGAGCCACAUGACCACCCUCAGCGAGCCUGUGCCCACUGGGGCCACACGCGCCAGCUCUGUGGCGAGUAUGUGCUCCUCCUCUGGCACAGGCUCCGGCUGUGCAAAUGAGGACUCUCUGUCUGAUGGCAUGCCCCCGUCACCCCUGGAAACACUUGGACAUUUUACCUUUGACGUGAAAACAAGUAUGGCUGGUCGGGGAGGGAGUUUGGAUAGAGGAAGCAACAAAAGCACUCGAUCUAGAGCGAAAAGCUUUCUGAAGAGGAUGGAGAGUCUGCGGCUGCGCAGUGGCAGCACCUCCAAGAGGAAGAAGAAGAGCACCCCCAGUGGUGCUAAGAUCGAGAUCAGUGGUCCUGUCAUCAAAGAGGGACUGGACGAUGACAAGCUCAGGAGACUCAACUGUGUAGACAUCUCCAGUAUUAACCUGAACCUCAACCACCGCAACCCCACACAAACAAUGACACUGAACAGAAACCGCACAGUGUCCUACUCCACUCAGACCAGUAACGGCAGCACUGGCAGCACCGGCAGCAGCCAAUCAGAGGCCAGCAGCGGGAGUGCAGUGAGCACACCCAGCCCUGUCACCCGUGCUCGGAGUCACAGUACAGCAGCUGGCUCCGGUAAGAGAGGAGGCAUGUAUUUAGAGGGUUUUGAUCCAUUGAGUGUGUAUCAACAAGCUUCAGAAAGACAGCCCACACCACCUCCCAAAUCUGCUCCCCCUGUUCCCUGUCACACAAGUUCAGAAAUGACUGUAGAUGAGCAGAACCGCAGGAAUAAUUGUACCGUCCCCGACCAUAGUCCCAAUGUGGAGGAGGAAGAAGAAGACGAUGGCAUGAUUUUCUUUUAUCUACCAGAGGGGCACAAGCCUGGAACAUUCCCCAAAGCUCUACACGACAGCACCUCUCGUAAUAAUAAUAACAAAAAUGAAAAUGGCAACUCUGUGAUCCUUAGAGGCCGACAAAGCAGACGUCAGCGCCGAGGCUCCUCUGGGUCUGUGGACAGCAGCCGGCUCAGUUUUUAUGACAACGUCCCAUACACAGAGGACGCAGAAGAGGAAGACAAACUAGAGGAGGUGCUCCAAGACGUCAGCGGCCUGCAGCGGUUCGUUAACGAUUGGUCAGAGGCUGUAGCGGGUGAGGAGGACGAAGAAGAGGAGGACGAAGAGGAAGACUCAGACUCAGCCCUGGACUCGGCCUCCCCGUGUCCAUCGUCUCCUCUCCAGAACCGCCUGGAGGAGACGGAGAAUGGGAGCGACCAGGACAGCACUGGGAACCCACUGGGAGAAGGAGAAGAGGUGAUGAGGGAGAGAAGGGACUCUGGAGUGGGAGCAUCUCUGACACGGACCAGCAGACCCCAGAAGCUGCGUUGGCCCAGCUUCCAGAACUCCCAUCGUCCCAGCGUGGCCUCAGCUCAGCUCCAAAUCAGCUGCCAGUCUGUUUUGCAGAUGAACCUUCUCCAGAAGCUGUCCCUGCUGCAGCUCACCGCACUCUUGGAGAAGCACACCCCAACCAACAAACAUGGCUUUAGCUGGGCUGUGCCGAAGUUCAUGAAGAGAAUCAAGGUGCGCGACUACAAAGACAGGAAUGUGUUCGGUGUGCCAUUACAAGUUAUUGUGCAGCGGACAGGUCAACCCCUCCCUCAAGGAAUCCAGCAGGCCAUGCGCUACCUACGUAACCACUGCCUUGACCAGGUGGGGCUCUUCCGAAAAUCGGGGGUGAAAUCUCGCAUCCAGGCUUUACGACAGAUGAAUGAGGCCAGCGGAGCGGAUGGGGGCGGGGUCAACUACGAGGGCCAGUCCGCUUACGAUGUGGCCGAUAUGCUCAAGCAGUACUUCAGAGACCUGCCCGAGCCCCUGCUCACGAGCAAGCUCUCAGAGACCUUCCUCCAGAUCUAUCAGUACAUGCCUAAAGAGCUUCGCCUUCAGGCCGCACGUGCCGCAGUGCUGCUUUUACCCGACGAAAACAGGGAAGCACUGCGGAGUUUGUUGUGUUUCCUCAGCGAUGUGACCGCUAACGUGUCGGAAAACCAGAUGACCCCCACCAACUUAGCCGUGUGCCUGGCCCCCUCGCUGUUUCACCUCAACACGCUGCGACGCAAAGAGAGCUCCUCGCCAAGGGUGAUGAACAGAAAGCAGAAUUUGGGAAAGCCAGACCAGAGGGACCUGAAUGAGAACCUGGCUGCCACUCACGGCCUGACCCACAUGAUCCAGGAGUGCAGGAAGCUGUUUCGGAUCCCGGAGGAAAUGAACCGCUGCAGAAACUCCUAUGUGGAGCAGGCUCUGUUGCCACGGCGCCUGGAGGAGCUGACCAGCGAAGAGGCUGGGCCAGAGGGGGGGUACAGGGCCUUUCUACGGGACAGCCUGGACACCCUUCUCAAAGAGGCCAAAGACAAGUUCAGAGGCUACGACAGCUGUUCCACCCCUGAGCACGCAGAGCUGGCGUACAGAAAGGUGCAUGAUGUUUUUCCGCUGCGGUUAUGGAAGGUGACGGUGGAAAUUCCUGCUACUCCCGAAGAGGUUUUAACUCGGAUACUAAGAGAGCAGAGCCACUGGGAUGAAGACCUGCUGGAGAGCCGUGUAUUGGAGACUCUCGAUGACAAGAUAGAGGUUUAUCAGUACGUGCGCAACACCAUGGCUCCACAUCCCACCAGAGACCAUGUUAUAAUCAGGACCUGGGCUACAGAUCUGGCCAAAGGGGCUUGUGCACUCGUGUGUUCGUCAGUGGACCAUGAAGGACUGCCUGUGGUCGGAGUGCGCGUCAAUGUCCUCACAUCACGUUACUUCAUUGAGCCCUGUGGAAGCAACAAAUCCCGACUUACACAUCUCUCCAGGAUUGACUGCAGGGGCCGUUUUCCUGAGUGGUACAAUAAACUCUAUGGACACUUGUGUGCUGCUGAGGUGGCUCGGAUACGCGACUCUUUUACUGUGCCAAUGGACAAAUAAAGCUUGGGCAGGACUACAGAUGUAGAUUGGAAAACCACACUCACUUUGAAUCCAACAGGGCACUAGACAUGAUUCAUUCCAGUGGCGCUUUUGUGUUGAUACGUUUUAAGGACUAACUCUGGAUCUCAUUUGAAGGACUUUGUGACUCUUGAUACAAUGUCACAAGAGACUUAUCUGUAAAAGUGUCCCAUUCUGAUGUCCAGCCACACGGACUGUCACGCCAACUUUUAUCUGGGCCAAAGGACAUGUGUGAGAGGAUACGAGGCUUAUCCAAAGGGUGCUACUGCUUCUGAGAAGCAACAAGAUUUGGCAGUGUACAGUGUCUGUGUAUAUGUGAGUGAGUGCUGAAUGAAUAUUCUCUGCACUGGUUUCCAGCUGCAGUAUGUACAUACAGUGUUGUGUAAAUGUGUUGUCUGUCACGUAUUACCUCUGUCCCUUUUUCUGUUACAGCAAAGCACACACCGAUAUUAAAGUAGUACAUUACACAUAUAUAUCUGAGAGUGAAGCAUGAUGAAUGUGGAUGGACAUUAGACAGGAUCCAGAGAGAGGACAGACGGCACAGAGUUUAGUGUUAAAGAGGGUGCUGGAUCACCUGCACCUCGUUUAUUCACAAAAAACAGAUUUUAAUUUAUUAACAAAAAUAUCGUCACGUAAACGGACUUGAAAAGAGUUGUUUUCCAGAUGUUUAGUAAAGAUCAGUGAUUCUAAAUGGGCCAAAUUGGAAAACACACCAAAGUGAGUUAUUCAACACUGAUAAAAUCAACACAAAUUUGUAAAUAAGAUAAAGGAAAGCUCUGGUGAGGCGAAGGGUUUAAGAAAAAGUGGUCCUUUUAUAAAGGUGGAGAAUCUACAGGUUUUACUGUAGUGAAGGGGCAGACUGAAUGUGUGUGUGAAUACAAAAGAAGGUAAUAUUUUUAGGUAAACGUCUUUAAA